AUGACACGGUCUACUACCAAUGGUACUAGUAAUGGUACCCAAAACGGUACCGAUACCCACGAUGAGUUCGCAUAUCCAGAAUCCAACCCGAGCGGCGCAUACAGAGUCCUAGAUCAAUACCACUCGAAACCGGCCAAGCUGCGAGUCGCCUGCGUUGGGGCCGGUGCCUCUGGUCUCUGCCUGGCGUAUAAGAUGGGAGCAAUGCUUGAACCGAAUUCCUGGGAAUUGACACUGUUCGACAAGAACCCGCACUUUGGAGGCACCUGGUACGAGAAUACAUACCCCGGCGUGGCCUGCGAUAUCCCCUCCCACCUUUACACCUUCUCGUUCGACCCGAAUCCGGAGUGGUCGCACUACUUUGCGUAUGGUGAUGAGAUUCAGAGGUACUUUGAGGGCUUUGCCGAGAGAUACGAUCUGGGAAAGUACAUGAAGCUGAAUACUAAGGUGGUCGAGUGUCGCUGGGACGACGAGCAGAGUAUCUGGAACAUCACGCUCGAGAAUACUCAGACCAAGGAGCAAUGGCAGGACUGGGCACACUGCGUGGUUAAUGGCACGGGAAUAUUGAACUCGUGGAAAUGGCCAGACAUCGAGGGAUUUCAGGACUUUCAAGGACCCAAGAUGCACUCUGCGGCAUGGGACCACAGCGUCGACUUCAAGGAUAAAGUUGUUGGUGUUAUUGGCACAGGGUCUACGAGCGUCCAGGUUGUUCCGGAGCUGCAAAAGGUCUGCAAGAAGGUCCAGGUCUACAUGAGAAGCCCGACAUGGAUCAGUCCCCCGUUCGGUGCCACGGCGCUCACGCAGGACCUGCGCCACGGUGUUGACAAUGACCCUGGAUGUCGUCAGUACGAAUUCACAGAGGAGAACAAGAAGCGGUUCAGAGAAGACCCCGAGUAUCACCUCGCGUUCCGGAAGGGCAUCGAGGCUGAGAUCAACGGGCUGUUCGGCAUGUAUACUCAGGGCUCGGAGCUGUCCAAGAUGUUCAGGGACGUCAUCACCGACGAGAUGAUGCGACGAAUGGGUCCAGGGCAUGAGGAACUGAAGACCUUUAUCAUUCCCAAGUUUGCUCCGGGCUGUCGACGUAUAUCCCCGGGGGAUGGCUAUCUGGAAGCGCUCGUUCAGCCCAAUGUGCAGCCUGUGUUUGGAGAUAUCAAGAGGGCGACCAGGAACGGCCUCAUGGCAAAGGAUGGAACAGAACACAAGGUGGAUAUUCUGGUAUGCGCCACUGGCUUCAAUGUCGCCUUCAGGCCUGCAUUUAAGGUGAUCAAUGGCGAGGGCAAGUCCAUCCAAGAGGACUGGGGAGAGAGUGUCAACUUGUACUUUGGAGUCUCUGCACCCAGAUUCCCCAAUUAUUACACCAUCGUCGGACCCGGGGCGACAUGGUCCAGCGGGACUCUGCUGCCCUCGAUCGAGACGACAAUCGAAUACAGCGUCAAAUGUAUGAAGAAGAUGCAGACCGAGACAAUCAAGUCCAUGUCUGUCAGGCAAGAGGCCCUCGACGACAUCUACGAGCACUUUGACGAAUUCCACAAAAACACAGUGUUCCAAGAAGAGUGUCGCUCGUGGUUCAAGGAUGGCAAGAUCAAGAACCGUGUCUAUCUCUGGCCAGGACCGACAAUCCACUUCCUGAAAACUAUCAAGGAUCCACGAUUUGAGGACUAUGAUAUCAAGUAUCGCUACAGGAACCGGUUUGCUUUUCUGGGCAAUGGGCCUGUCAAGGCUGGGGUGAAGCAGGAUGCAUUGGGGCUGGCCACAUAUGUCCGCAACAGCGACCAUGACUGGGCUGUUGCUUAA